UGUGAAGGAAACAGAAGCCAAACCCCCUCCUCUCUCUCUCACACACACACACACACACAGCUGUGUAUUGGCUUUGUGAGCGCAGAGACACAGACAGGCUCGGCUCCCGGUUCCACUGGACUCUGGACUUUGUGCAUGCUCUUGAACUUUAUUUUACACUCCAGCUUCCUCCCCCCCCCCCUCUCUCUCUCUCUCUCUCUCCCUUUCUCUCUCUCUCUCUCUCUGUUAGAGGAGGCACCAGUGAGCCGCUCCUCGCACUUGCUCUCCCGAACCCCGGGUCCAGAAUGACGUUAAACUCCAGUAAAACCGAACCUGCGGGGGUUCUGGAGCGGGUGAACAGCGCGCGCACGGCGCUCUCGGACCUGUACCUGGAGCAGCUGCUGCUGAACAAACCCAAGAACGACAAGGCAGCCGUGCAGACAUUUGAAGCGAAGGAGCAGGAUACAGUGUACACUAACGGCACCACCGACCACACAAACAUCAAAGAAGUGACUAAGAUGCGCGAGGUCGCCUUCGAGAAGCAUCCGUCAGAGCCACUGGGUGUGACCCUCAAACUGAACGAGAAACAGAAGUGUAUGGUGGCCAGAAUAUUACACGGAGGGAUGAUCCACAGGCAGGGUUCCUUACAAGAAGGAGAUGAAAUUGCUGAGAUUAACGGGAAAAGUGUUGCGAAUCAGAGUGUGGACCAACUGCAAAAGAUUCUGAAAGAUACAGACGGCAUCGUCACUCUGAAAGUCAUCCCAAAUCAGCAGAGUCGCUCCAUGAUUUGUGAGAUGUAUAUGAGGGCUCAGUUCGACUAUGACCCUGCCAAGGACGAGCUCAUCCCGUGCAAAGAGGCUGGCCUUAAAUUCAAAACUGGCGACAUAAUCCAGAUCAUCAACAAAAAAGAUCCAAACUGGUGGCAGGGCAGGGUGGAGAAUUCGGGCAAAGACUUUGCAGGGCUCAUACCAUCCCCAGAACUUCAGGAAUGGCGUGUAGCUAGCAAAAGUAAGAGCAGUGCCGAGCCCAGCCAGUCGUGUAGUCCUUUUGGGAAAAAGAAGAAAUGCAAAGACAAGUACCUGGCAAAACACAGUUCUAUUUUUGAUCAACUUGAUGUCAUUUCUUAUGAAGAGGUUGUCCAGCUCCCUGCGUUCAAUCGUAAAACUCUGGUACUCAUCGGUGCUCCUGGUGUAGGAAGAAGUCACAUCAAAAGUGCACUGCUGACCAAAUACCCUGAAAAGUUCGCCUACCCAGCUCCUCACACAACCAGACCUCAGAGGAAAGACGAAGAAAACGGACAAGAGUAUUAUUUCAUCUCUAACGAACAGAUGACCAAGUGCAUUGUGGGCAACGAGCUCCUGGAGUACGGAAGUUUUCAGGGCAGUAUGUUCGGCACCAAGAUCGAAACCAUCCAUAAGAUCCACGAGCAAGACAAGAUCGCGCUGCUGGACGUAGAGCCUCAGACACUGAAGCUCCUCCGGACAGCCGAGUUCGCUCCCCUUUUCGUGUUCAUAGCACCAACCACCUCAGGCACCCAGUCAGAGGCACUGCAGGCCAUCCAGAAGGAGUCGGACACCAUUUUCAGUCUCUACCGCCAUUACUUCGACGUCAUCCUGAUCAACAACGACGUAGACGAGAGCGUGAAGGGCGUGGAAGAGGCUUUAGAGAGAGCCUCCUCGAGCCCUCAGUGGGUUCCUGUGUCAUGGGUGUACUGAUGCUGAUCUUCCCCCUUUCACUAACCACAUCCAAAUCAAACCCUCACUUAUUGUAAAAAUCAGGUGCAAUACCAAGUCAUGUGACUAAACUCAAGCUGGCUCAGUCUGGUUAUACCCUAACCCAAGUAUUUAAAUGUUUUCUUUAUUAAAGCAAUAAGUUUGAGAGUUCUUUUAACUUCAGAUACGCAUUAUAAAAAGAGCACGACGAGGUGCCAGUAAACAUCAGUGUAGGAUGCAAAAAGGACCACUACUGUGAUAAAACACCACUCUGUUCAGUGUUGACCUCAACGUUUACAUUUGCUGGAUUAAAAAAAAAAACAAAAAAAAAAAAA